GAUUGGAUGGGAUCAGUAUGGCCCGUGCUGUUGAUGAAUGGGAAAGCGUAAAUUCCUGUUUGGCGAAGGGAAUCAGAUAGUUGAUAUUUAACCAUGGGAUGUAUAAAUAUCAGUUAGUUUGGCUUGCGCAUCGCUCCGAGUGAGGCGUUUUUUUGGUCCCCGGAAGACUCCUCUGACGAUCGAAACCCUAGUGUCGCCGCCGUGUUAGCUUUGCGAUGAGCUUCUUCUUCCGUAGGUCCAUUUUGGCUGCCGUCUCGGCGUCGUGUCGCCUCCCGCCGGUGAUAACUUCGGAACCUGCCUUGGCAUUGGCUGCUGGUGAUGUAAGACGCUUAUUUGGGGCUGAUGGGAAUCAAAAUUUUGUUUUUUGUGGUCUCAUCCGUAGGGAGUAUUCGGCAUCUCCGGUGGGUUUCAGGGCUAUUGAUGUCGCCUCUGCUGAGUACGCCUUUGAUGAUUAUUAUGAAGAGGAGAAAGAUAAAGAGGAUUUUAAGAGUGGCGAGGAGGGGCUAGAGAUCGAUAAACUGGGAAUUUCGAAGGAUAUCGUGGCUCGGCUUGGAAAAAGGGGAAUCACGAAACUUUUUCCUAUACAGAGAGCUGUUCUUGAACCUGUAAUGCAAGGGAGAGAUAUGAUCGGUCGCGCAAGAACAGGCACAGGGAAAACUCUUGCUUUUGGAAUUCCGAUCAUGGAUAAAAUUUUACAUUUUCAGGCCAAACAUGGUCGUGGAAGAAACCCUUUGGCAAUAAUGCUGGCACCAACCAGAGAACUUGCACGACAAGUUGAGAAGGAGUUUAGAGAAUCCUCCACUUUGGGCACACUAUGUCUCUAUGGUGGCUCUCCAAUAAACCAACAAAUGAAGGCACUUGAUUAUGGCGUUGAUGCUGUAGUUGGGACUCCUGGCCGGAUUAUUGAUUUGCUGAAUAGAGGCGCCUUGAAUUUAUCCGAGAUUCAAUUUGUUGUCCUUGAUGAAGCUGAUCAAAUGCUUAAUGUUGGAUUUGCUGAAGAUGUUGAGAGAAUUUUGGAAAAGAUGCCUCCAAAACAUCAAACUCUGAUGUUCUCUGCAACUAUGCCAGCUUGGAUUAGGAAACUUACACAAAAGUUUCUAAAUAAUCCAGUUAGCAUUGACCUUGUUGGUGAUUCUGAUCAGAAGUUAGCAGAAGGAAUGACACUCUAUUCUAUUGUCUCGGAAACUUAUACAAAACCAUCAAUUCUCAGGUCACUAAUUAAAGAACAUGCUAAAGGAGGUAAAUGCAUAGUAUUCACUCAAACAAAACGUGAUGCAGAUAGGUUAGCUUAUUCUAUGGGUCGGAGCUUUAGAUGUGAGGCCCUCCAUGGUGACAUUGCACAAAAUCAGAGGGAAAAGACACUUGCUGGAUUUCGUGAUGGUCGCUUUAAUAUUUUAAUAGCUACUGAUGUUGCCGCUCGUGGUUCGGAUAUUCCAAAUGUUGACCUGGUGAUACAUUACGAGGUUCCAAACACUUCUGAGCUAUUUGUUCAUAGAUCUGGUCGAACUGUACGAGCAGGCAAAAAGGCAAGUGCAAUUCUCAUUCAUUCGAAUGAGCAAAAUCGUCUUGUUAGAGGCAUUGAAAGAGAGUUAGGAUGCAGGUUUAUUGAGCUCCCAAAGAUUACAGUUGAGGGCAGAGGAGAAGACAUGUCUAAUGUCCCGGGUGGCGGUCGUUUCGAUUCUCAUGGAAGUGGCCGAAUGUGUGGCUCUGGUUUUGGUAGUAAUGGACAGGUUUUAAGGCUCUGAUUCUGGAUUUAGUUCCUUUGGUGGGUAAGAUUCAGGUUCACCAAGUAGGUUUGGUGGUUCCAGUUUUGGUCGAUGAUCAGGUAGUUCAUGUUCAGGGCGGCUCGAUGAUUCCAGCUUUUAGUAAUUAUGAUGGUUCAGGAUGCUCUAGCAAUUUCAGGAACUUUGGUGGUUCCGGCUCUGGCUGUUCUGGUGGCUCCCGAAACUCUGGUUCAGGCUGGGUCAGUGAUUCUGGGUCUGGCUUUGGUGACGGCGACCGGCUUGGAAGGUCAUAUAUGAGUUCAGAUUAGGUGAUGGAUCCAGGUUUUGAGAUCAUCUAUAACACUGGUAACUAAUUCCAGAUGAAAGUACCGAUAAUCUUUCGAUAUGCAACCCGAGUCAUGAAGGUAGCGACAAUGCUGCAGUAGGCUGGCUAAUCUGAUGGUUCGAAAGAUGGGUGGAGUUUGCUCGACUCAAGUCAUGAGCUAAACCGAAACUGGUCUAAAACUGAACUGCAUGUGUGUUAGGGAAACAUGCACUUGUUAUAUUGAUCUGACUUGGGUUUGAUUGGACUUAGUUGGAUUGAACAUUUAUAAUUUAAUUAUAAUUUAAAAUAAAUUAAAAAUUUCAAAUAAA